UGACGCAGUACUCCCUGAUUGGCUCUGCUCUGGAGGUAGUGGUUGGGGGCAGAGAAUUCUGCAAGCCUAACACGUGAUAGUGAACUGUGAGGAGUUUGAGGGAUCUGAAGAUUAAAAGAGUUGAAUGGUUUGGAGGACCUAGAAGAAUUCCUUAGGAUGAAGCUGAGUCUUACCAAGGUAGUUAAUGGCUGUCGCCUAGGAAAAAUAAAAAACCUGGGCAAAACAAGGGACCACACCAUGGACAUUCCAGGCUGCCUUCUGUACACCAAGACUGGCUCUGCCCCACACCUCACCCAUCACACGCUGCGUAAUAUCCACGGGGUUCCUGCCAUGGUUCAGCUUACGCUGUCAUCCCUGGCAGAACAUCAUGAAGUCUUGACAGAAUAUAAGGAAGGAGUUGGAAAGUUUAUAGGCAUGCCAGAAUCACUCUUGUACUGCUCCCUGCACGAUCCAGUCAGUCCCUGCCCGGCUGGUUAUGUAACAAACAAGUCUGCGUCUGUGUGGGGUGUUUCAGGACGAGUGGAAAUGACUGUUUCCAAGUUCAUGGCAAUUCAGCAGGCCCUUCAGCCAGACUGGUUCCAGUGCCUCUCCGAUGGAGAAGUAUCUUGUAAGGAAGCAACUUCCAUAAAAAGGGCCAGAAAGUCUGUUGACCGAUCACUUCUCUUCUUGGAUAGCUGUCUGCGGCUGCAGGAGGAGUCAGAGGUCCUUCAGAAGAGUGUGAUCAUUGGCGUGAUUGAAGGUGGAGAUGUGAUGGAAGAGAGGCUGAGGUCAGCACGAGAGACAGCCAAGCGGCCCGUAGGUGGCUUCCUUCUGGACGGUUUUCAAGGAAAUCCAACAACCCUGGAGACUAGACUACGCUUGCUGUCAUCAGUCACUGCAGAGCUGCCAGAGGACAAACCAAGGCUCAUAUCUGGUAUUAGUCGACCAGAUGAGGUGCUCGAGUGUAUUGAAAGAGGAGUGGACUUAUUUGAGAGUUUUUUCCCUUAUCAAGUAACAGAGCGGGGCUGUGCCCUAACUUUCAGCUUUGAUUACCAGCCGAAUCCUGAAGAGACACUAUUACAACAAAAUGGAACACAAGAAGAAAUAAAAUGUGUGGAUGACAUGAAGAAAAUUGAAACAACAGGUUGCAACCAAGAAAUAACAUCAUUUGAAAUUAAUCUGAAGGAAAAAAAAUACCAGGAGGACUUUAACCCGCUGGUGAGAGGAUGCUCCUGUUACUGCUGUAAGAAUCACACUCGGGCGUACAUCCACCAUCUGCUGGUAACCAAUGAGCUGCUGGCCGGAGUCCUGCUUAUGAUGCACAACUUUGAACACUACUUUGGAUUUUUCCAUUCCAUCCGGGAAGCACUAAAAAGUGACAAACUGGCACAGCUGAAAGAGCUCAUCCAUAGGCAAGCAUCUUGAGAUCUUGCAAAUACGAGUCUCACCCUUCACACUGAGCCUGUCCCACUAUUGUAACAUGGGAAGACAUGAAGAAGAAAUAAUCUGAACUUUAUUUAUAUUCAGACAUAGGGUCUGCUAAAAUAAAGAAUAUUUGUACCAAACUGCCCGCAUAAGGGUGAAGAGAUUUCUUCUAAAGACUUAAAUGAAGACCAGAUGCGGUGGCUCACGCCUGCAAUCCCAGCACUUUGGGAGGCCAAGGCGGGUGGAUCACCUGCAGUCAGGAGUUUGAAACCAGCCUGGGCAAC